AUGACGGCGCCUGAUACCCCGGAGUCCACAGGCUCCUCGGGCGCUGUGCCGCCACGCGUACGACGCCCCCAUCGCAAGUCCCGAAGAGGGUGCAGGCCGUGUAAAGCGAGCCGGAUCAAGUGCGAUGAGUCCCAACCAGCUUGCUCGAAUUGCAUCAGGAAGGAGAUCAAAUGCAACUACUUCGAGACGGUCCGCACUACUACCAGUGGACCCAAGCAACGCAUACGAAUACCUCCUCUUGAGCGCAGCACUUCUCCCGAAGAAGCUCUGCCGGCCCUCAUACUGCAAGGAUCAUGGGGGCCAAACCUGUCGUCGUCAGAUCGCAUCUCUACAGCUCUUGUCAACUAUUGCCCCUACCCGGCGACGGUUGGCACUCCUCGGGACUCUCUUCUCGACCUUCGCCUCUUUCACCACUAUCACACGAUGGCGGCUAAAUCUUCAGCGGCCCAGAAGCUUUGGUCCAUCUGGACCGUCGACAUGGCCGUGAAUUCGGCCACCGUCAUGGAUGCCGUUCUUGGCUUUUCGGCAUUCCACCUUCGACGUCUUGGCUCCCGCGACUUGGACAUUUGUGAAGCGUCUCACAAGUACAUGAUACGGGCUAUUCGCUCUCACAAGGAACAGGUGCAACUCGGCCUGAACGAGUCCAACGCAGCCCCGAUGAUCGUGUCUUGCGCUCUGAUCCUGUUCCAUACAACCAUGAACCAGGAUUUUCUAACCAUCAAGUCCGGGCCUCAGCUACCAUUACACUGGUUCCACCCGUUCCAGUCUGCCGGCGCCUUCUUCCGCCUCAUGUGGCCUUGGCUCCAGGACACCCUCAUUGGCCAGAAUAUCUGGGGGCGGUUUGCACCACUGGACAUUCAAACAGAAGAAUUUCCUCAGCAUAGGUUUGACUUUUUACUGGAGAACAUGGAGCCCGAAUAUUUGCAAGACGAGGACAUCAUGACGGCCUACCAGGGAGCCGUCUCGCAUCUUUCGCUUGUGGUCAGCAAUCCGCGGUAUCGAAGACUCCUUCAAUUCCCGGCAACCGUCACCCCACGGUUCGUCGAGAUGCUGGAAGCCGAGGACCCUAGGACGCUCGUCAUCGUUGGCUAUUUUUUCAUGCUGGUCAAGCAAGCCGACGUGCUGUGGUGGGUUGAGGGGGCAGCGGAGCGGGAGUUUGAUGCCGUCAUGUCGUUUCUGCCUGAAAGCUGGUGGCCGUUGAUGGGCUAUGCAAUCCAAGAGUUCCAAUGGAGUCCAAAUGGAGCCAAACCGGCGCAGAUGGAAUCGCCUCCUCACGAAAUCUCAUGGCCUGUCAACGAAAAGAAUUUGCUCGAAUACCCAGAUUUAGGAGUUUUUACUUCAAGAGCGCGGUAG